CUUUCUUCCUCGUGUAGACUCUUCAUACACGAAAACCCUUUUUAUCCAAACCCACAAAUUCCAAUCCAGUCCAAUCUCUUCUUCUAAACUUUCUCCAUUAUACAAAUUCCGCAGCAACACUUCAAAAUCCCUUCUUUCAAUCCAAAACCCAGAAAAAUACAACAAACAGACUAACAACAUUAUCCUUCAUCAACAAUUAACAACACCAAAUUUUGCAAACUAAAGAAGAAACAAAAUUGUUCAUGUAAAAAUAAAAAUGUGUUCUUUUUUCUUAUAAUGGGUAUGAAUCAGAGGAGAGAGAAAUAGAGAUUUUAGAGAGAGAAAGAGAGGGUUGGGUGAGGAUGGUUGAAGAUGAAGACCCAUCAAAUUCAAAUUCAAAUUCAAAUUCAACCCAAGAAUCAUUAAAGUCAAAAACAGAAAGUGGGUCAUGGAGAUAUGCGACGAGUUUUCAAAGGGAUUUAAUGGCGGGUGCAGUUAUGGGUGGUGUUGUCCACACCAUUGUUGCACCCAUUGAAAGAGCUAAGCUUUUGUUGCAAACUCAAGAUAGCAACGUUGCUAUUGUUGCUGGAAAACACCGUAAAUUUAAGGGAAUGUUUGAUUGCAUUGCUAGUACAGUGAAAGAGGAAGGUUUUUUAUGUCUUUGGAGAGGCAAUGGCAGCAGUGUUCUCCGGUAUUACCCUUCUGUUGCUCUCAAUUUCUCUCUUAAGGAUCUUUACCGGGACGUACUAAAAAAUGACGAUGAUGGCCCACCCAUAAUGUCUGGUGCAGCUGCCAACUUUUUUGCAGGGGCAGCAGCUGGUUGCACGACAUUGAUAAUUGUUUAUCCACUGGAUAUUGCUCACACACGAUUAGCUGCGGAUAUUGGGAAAGCAGAUGCUCGUCAAUUUCGGGGAAUUUACCAUUUCUUGAGUACGAUAUGCAGGGCCGAAGGGAUUCGGGGACUUUACCGGGGACUCCCUGCUUCUUUACAUGGAAUGGUCAUUCAUCGUGGCGUAUACUUUGGUGGAUUUGAUACUGCUAAAGAAAUUCUUACUAAAGAAGCUGUAGAGUUGGCAUUGUGGAAACGCUGGUUGGCGGCACAGGCAGUGACCACCUCUGCUGGGUUGUUGUCUUAUCCAUUUGAUACUGUUCGAAGGCGUAUGAUGAUGCAAUCUGGCCUCAAGGAGCCAAUGUACAUAAAGACCCUUGAUUGCUGGAAGACAAUAUAUAGGACAGAGGGGCUAACCUCGUUUUACAGAGGGGCUGUUUCGAAUAUGUUCAGAAGUACUGGUGCUGCUGCCAUUCUUGUUUUAUAUGAUGAAGUUAAGAAGUUCAUGCAUUGGGGUGGUACUACUUCUACCAGGAAUUAAUUUUUUUGUUUGGGGUGGGGUAUUUCAGUUAUACAAAUCUCAAUACAGUUAACAUGAGUGUUUCGAUGACAGAUUCAGAUCGAAACAUCCGUCCGCUGAUGUUGUCUUCUUUGACAACGCCAGCCUUACUGAUUUUUUUAGCUAACCAAUAAAAAAGAGAAUGGACUUCAGCUUUUGAUUUGGUUCUCCUUUUAUGUACAUGCCUUUGUAAUUUAGCUGUUGAAAUGAUUCUGGUGAGCAUACUUGCUCAGCUGUUGAUUCUGGAGAGUAUAGUUUGCUAACUCCAAACUCAAUACACUUUCCUCUUUUUUUUUUUCAAAUGAUCUUUAAAAAGGUCGAUGGAGUUCUUUGUUCCUAGACUUUCCUUCUAAUUCCAUGGUCUGUCAACUUUUCCACGAUCACCUCCAAAAAAAACCAAACUCUGCCUUUUACAUAAAAUUGCCGGUGUACGAGUAACCUCUGGAUUUGUAGAGCUAAUGAACGUGUUCAACCCUGUAUAUUUAAAGAAUAGAAAUUCUUGCCGUAGGAUUGGAGGAAUCAUCUUGUAAUCUCAUGAUUAUAAUGAGAGAAUAACGUAAUCAACAUAGUAAGUACUUUAAGCUAGAGAUGGCAGAUGGGCUGGUCAGUUCAACUUCUGUUUUAGGUGAUGACUUAUUUGGUUCUGUCUCAAUUUAAGUUGGGCCAUGGUCAAGUUGAGUGAUGGACAUAUUUUGUUAUUUAAGUAUCUCUUGAGAAAUCAGUUAGUUGACACAAGUUACAUAUGUUUUGUCAAUUCAAGUCAAAUUAGGUUAGUUUUAAUCGAGAACAAUAUGAGUAUGUGUAAAAUAAUAUCGAUCGUGCAAUUAGGUAUGAGUUAUGGUUUGUUUGAUUCAACUUAUAUUGUUUAUUUUA